UCCCAGAGGAUGGCCAUGAGAAAUAACUCCCCAGUGACUGAAUUUAUGCUUUCGGGGCUAACCGAUUGGCCAGAAAUCCAGCUGCCCCUCUUCUUCCUUUUCCUUGGCAUUUAUGUGAUCACUGUGGUGGGGAACUUGGGCAUGAUCAUAUUGAUUAUGCUUAGUUCCCAUCUUCACACCCCCAUGUACUAUUUUCUCAGUAGCUUGUCCUUCAUUGACCUCUGUCACUCCACUAUAAUCACACCCAAAAUGCUGGUGAAAUUUGUGUCAGAGUAUAAUAUCAUCUCUUAUCCAGAGUGCAUUACCCAGCUCUAUUUCUUCCUUAUAUUUGCUAUAGCGGAGUGCCACAUGUUGGCUGUGAUGGCAUAUGAUCGUUAUGUUGCUGUCUGUAGCCCUCUACUCUAUAAUGUCAUCAUGCCCCAUAAGGUCUGUUUCUGCCUAGUGGGUGGAGUGGGUAUAAUAGCUGUGUUCGGUGCCACAGUUCACACUGGCUGUGUGCUUAGAGUUUACUUCUGCAAAGACAAUAUUGUCAAUAAUUUCUUUUGUGAUCUUCUUCCCCUCUUGAAGCUUGCCUGCUCCAGCACCUACAUUAAUGAAGUAGUGAUUCUUGCUUUCACUUUAUUUAACUUCUUUAUCCCAACCCUCACCAUCUUUAGCUCUUAUGCUGUCAUCCUCAUCAGCAUCUUCCGUAUCCAGUCCAUAGAGGGAAGAUCCAAAGCCUUUGGCACUUGCAGCUCCCACAUCAUGGGUGUUGCUCUAUUUUUUGGUUCAGCCGGAAUCAUGUAUCUUCAACCUUCUUCUAGCAACUCCAUGGAGCAGGGGAAAGUGUCCUCUGUGUUUUACACCAUAGUAAUGCCUAUGCUGAAUCCCCUGAUCUAUAGCCUGAGGAAUAAAGAUGUCAAGGUUGCCCUGAAGAAGAUGCUGGAGAGAAGGAAGUUCUCAUGA